UUUAUACUACAGUAGGUGAAUCCGUCUAUGUGCAUGUAAGUAUUUGCACAGGUGCCACGACUGUAUUGGAACAAGGAGUAGCAUGCUGUUGUCAUGUGCAACAGAUCCCUAACAGACAAGGUUACUAAGAAUUUAACUGUUUGGAAUAAUAGUCUCGUAUAACAAAUGUGACCUCGGGGAACAAUCUAUUGUUGUCUCUCACCUUUUCCCAACCGCUCCAAGGCCAAGAGUUCUGACAUUUCCCGCUGGCACAAACUGUCAGCCUCACAGACAAAGACCAAUAAAUCAUCAGCAUAACUGUACUGCUGUGCCCAUCCAUUGGCCCACCCGCUCCUACUCGACCCUUCUCCCCUUUCCAGCAGGUCAACACUAGAUGCCCCUCCGGCUGCAUGUCACCAUAAUGUAUGAUAACUGUGCCACACGUUGCCUAACAGCUAACUAUAGCCUCUGCUAUUCUCGUAGCUGUGAAGAGCAAUACAAACAGUGGUUACCCUGUCAAGUGCAUCUGCUCUGCACAGAGGAGAGGAAAGGGGGGGAUUCGGUCUAGCUGCUACUGUACUUCAAGGAAAUAUCAUCAUGGAUAAAAUGUCAUGCUAGGACAUGAGAUAUUUUGAUCUGACUCAGCACUUAGUCACUCCUGACAAAUGCAUAUGUGCUGUUUGAACACUUCAGUUGAGGUGAUGGAGCCAAGCAGCUGCCCUGGCUCAGGGACCGACAGUGACAAGCUUGCCCUCGGCAAGUCUUUGGACUCAGGGAUGGACAGCCUGAAAGUGAGAGUUGACGGGAGCGUUUUUGUGGUGAACAAAGCCCUACUCGAGCAGCACUGUGAGUACUUCCGAGCCCUCUUCCAGUCGGGAAUGCGGGAAUGCCAACAGGAUGAGGUCCAUCUGCAAGGGCUGAGCGCCCGGGGAUUUGUGUUGGCGCUCCGGGUCCUGGACGGGGAUCGCCCCAUCCUGGGUGGUGACGAGAUUGUGGAAGCCAUAGAGUGUGCCACCUUUCUACAGGUGGAGUCUGUGACAAAGCACCUGACCAAUAUCAUCAACUCAGAGAACUGCUUGUUGAUGUACCACACGGCUGCGACCUACGGUUUAUGGGAUCUGUCCCAUCAAGCUGCUUUAUUCAUUAAAGACAUGUACUCGGACCUGAAGGAAGAUGUUGUGAGCACCUUACCAGAAGACCUAGUGGAGUACGUUGAGUCUCUCAUCCCCAGUCGGUACGUCACAGUCUGCAGCCACUCUCCUACCGUCGAGCAGCUCCAGGACUGUCAGAGGACGGUCUGCUACCUGGAUGACGAAGAUAGAGAAUGGAAGGUGCUGAGUCACCUACCCCUAAACACAAGCACCACUAUGGCAGGUGUGACCAUGCUAGACAACAAGCUGUACAUUAUAGGAGGCGUCCACGACCUCAGCAAGAAAGUUGUGGACUCUGGCUUCUGCUACGACCCAGAGAGUGACUCCUGGUCCACUAUUUCGAGUCCCCAGCAGCCACGCUACAACUUUACGUUAGUGGGCCACGAAGGCUGCCUCUACGCCAUCGGUGGGGAGUUCGACCGGAAGUCCAUGGCGUUGGUGGAGAAGUACAGUGUCUCCACAGCCACCUGGCGCUUCGCCGCUAAUCUCCCCUGCAGAGCCGCCAACGUGGCCUCCACCAAAGCCAUGAGCCGCAUCUUCAUCUGCCUCUGGAAACCCAAGGGCGUUACGGAGAUCCACGAGUACAUCCCUGAGAGGGACCAAUGGGUCCUGGUCACCACGCUAGUCCGUGACCAGAGCUAUGGCCACUGCAUGGUGGGUCACAGGGACAAUUUGUAUGUCAUGCGCAACGGGCCCUGCGAAGACUUCCUGAUGUGCGUGAUGGACUGCUACAACCUGACUACGGGUCAGUGGACAGCCUUGCCGGGGCAAUACGCAAACAGUAAAGGAGCCCUGUUCACAUCGGUAGUAAGAGGGGACUCAGUGUUCACCCUCAACCGCAUGAGGACCACAGAGUUCGCCGUGGAGGAGCACAGAUGGAAAACCAAGAGAGAGACCAAGGGCUUCGGGCGAAUCGGCUCCAUGUACACAUUUCUCAUGAGACUGCCCAAGGCCAAGACUGUGGGAAACACUGAGGUGUUGACAGACGGGCUGGAGUUUGGGAAUCGGAUCGACCACAGACGCAGAGACUCUCUGCUACAAUGCUUUGACUGACUUCCUGUGAAUAAGUUCAGUCUUUUAAUAUCUCCUGACAAACCAACAACAGGACAAUGAACUAGAAUGCUUUGACUGACUUCUUGUGAAUAGGUUUGGUAUGUUACUUGGGCCACUUUUAGUAGGCAAACAUGGAACGUUGCAGAAAGAAAUGUCAUGAAUAUAGCUGACGAUUCCUUUUUUUACAUGUCAGAGAGGCAUGUUUGUUCUUCAUAGCAUAUUUCUAUCUGAAUAUUACACAACGUUGUGCCGUUCUGAAUGUAAUCUUGCGGCGUCUCUCUACAAAUCAACAAACGAGCUAAAGAUGUAAAUGUCAGAGACAACAGUAAUUUGUAAACAUUAAAGUUUGCUUCAUUCAUGACAAGUUGGAAACUCAGAACCUCUGAGUAAACAUUAAUUAACAUAUUGGUUGAUUUGGAUACUUUCCAAGUGGGAAAUAUUAGUUUCCUAGUUUCACAUGUCAUGAGUGCAGCAUAUCUUCCAAGAAUAAUUAAAUAGCAUUUAAGAAACUCUAUAGUAAUAUUGUCUUCUAUAGUUCUUGAGAAAUGUGUUGCCUCAAGUAGCCUUCUGGGUAAUUUGACUCUGUAUCCAAAUGUAGUGUACUAUAAAGUGUCCUAUAAUCAAUUGAUUCAUUACAUUGAGUUGACACAGCCCUAUCAGAGAGCUCUUUCCAUGAAAGCCAAACACAUGUUCAGCAAUGUACAUAAAGACUGAAAUCCUUUCCUGUUUUUACAACAAACAAACCAUUUAUAACCCAGGCUCAGGUCCCCAAGGCAUUGGUUGCUAGAGAACAGGGUAAGAUAAGGCUGGCAGUGUUCACGCUGUACAAUAAAACAUUUCUGUAACGAGUGCAUGUUUGCUGCCGUCUCGGGACACGUAUCCCUUGAAGGAGAGAUUUGUAUUCUCCAUGGGAUCACCUGUGUAAAUACAGGAUGAUUGGUGAAUUCAAAUGAAUAGAUUGUCUUUGGCAGAAGAUAUGAAAUAAUUUGUCUUUUUAAUUAUCAAAUCAAACACUGUUCAAAUAAUGUGUUAAUGGGUGAGGAAUGUUGCUAAUGAUGUGCAGAUUUUUCCACUUAUCAAAUUAUAUUACCAUUAAUUUCCCCUACAGUUAACAGGCGAAAAUCUCCCUUGAUAAUAUAAGAAUGGUUCUUUCCCUCAUUCUUUAGCCUACAGCAGUGGAGACUGGUGAGGGAGGACGGCUCAUAAUAAUGAAUGGAAUCAAACAAGUGGAAACCAAGUGUUUGAUGUGUUUAAAACCAUUCCAUAUAUUCAGUUCCAGACAUUACUAUCAGACUGUCCUCCCCAUUUAAAGUGCCACCAGCCACCACUGGUCUACAGGCUGUUAACAGUCUAUGAGUGAAGUUCAUUAAUAGCAAAGUGAUAAAAGAAAUGCUCUCUUGACCAAACAUAGAGGACCUCUAAAGCUCCCGGUCCAUCAGCAGAAGAUACACAUCUUUAAUAGAUGCCGACUCUUCCCUUUGCUUGGCUGCUCCCAUCUAAGUUCUGCCGUGGCUUUGAUAGUCAAAUAACAAACCUGUCCUGUGGUAACCCCGUCCAUCCGUCCGUCGUCAGCGGGGAAAGCAUGGCAAAAAUGUGGAAGUGUAUCCCACACGUAUCAAGACCUAAUAUGAUGUGGGAACCAUGAGACAUGAGCAUGAUAUUACAAGUAUAUUGAAUUUUGAUUCAUCAGAAAAAAAAAUGUUUGUAACAUCUGAAAACAGAAAUCUCAAUUCUCAUACGUAUUUGACCUGUACACAAUACUUUUGUAUCAUAGG